AUGUUAUCUCCUGUCACGUUCUUAAUAGCGAGCACAUGGUGGCUGUGUUCAUUAGUAGCGGAGGGUACCGGAGUACCAGAGUACCAGUGUACCAGUGUGUACAAUACCAGUGUACUGCUUGGGUAUCAUCCCACACCUGCCCAUUACCGCGGUGCCCUACCUCAGCUGAUACUAAUCAUAAACUCGUGUAACACUUCCACAAGCGGGACUUCUAUAAUUGCCGCCGAAUCGUGUUGUUUUUACCUUGGACUACCUAAGGCAGAGGAAGUAGCGCACCAAACUCCCCCUUUCCCAAUUGCCAUAAUAUUGAAAAAAUACAAUAACCCCUCACCUCCCCCCUCCCCCCCCGGUUACAACUGCUUCUACUCCCAACCGACCAAGAAAUGUCUAAAUUAUCCCUCGCCAAUGAAUGCUGGGCCUCACAAUGAACCCUGGGGUAACCCAUUGUCGGAUUCUGAAUCGAAGGAUUUAUCCCAAAAAAGGGGUUCUCAACCCUUGUGGACGAUUACAGUGUAUUUACCAACCCCCAACCCCUCUUCCUCCUACUCACUUCCGGUGUUUGUCCAGGAUAAUUGGAAGGCACCUCCAAUUUUCUCCUGUUCGGACGGGACCUCCAACUCUCUGAAAGGAAGCGCGAUUACAGGAAAUGACACAGGAAGGAUAGGCGUGCGCCGAAGGGGGGCGUAA